AUGGCACAUUGCUCCGUUAAAGAUGUCGAUGGACACGUUUAUGUAGUUGCCUUGGCAAAGUUCUUAAAGAAUUCCAACAAGGUCCAACCUCCUGAGUGGGUCGAUGUUGUAAAACUAUCUACUGCUAACGAGUUGGCUCCCAGUGAUCCCGAUUGGUAUUUUGUAAGAUGUGCGGCCAUUUUGCGUCAUCUAUAUCUCAGGCCCACCGGAAUCACUGGUCUCAGCAAGGCAUUUGGGCGCGGCAAACGCUAUGGUGUUAGUCCACGUCACCACGUUAAUGCCUAUACAGGCAUUAUUCGCCGUUGCCUCCGCGAUUUGGAGAGCAUAGGAAUUGUUGAAAAGCGAACUGAUGGUGGUCGUGAGAUUUCCCGUUCCGGUCGCCGUGAUAUGGAUAGUGUUGCUUUCCAAACAAAAAAGGCCCUUGCUGCUAUAAAGUAA